CCCUUCUUCCCUCUGCCGUUCGCUCCGAUCCGACCCACCGCGCCGCGGCGCUCCCUGCCGCCGUCCAGCCGCCAUGUCGAUCCGCAUGCUGAACCAGAACGCGGAGGUGCUCAACAAGUCGGCGGCGCUGCACAUGAACAUCAACGCCGCCAAGGGCCUCCAGGAGGUGCUCUGCACCAACCUCGGACCCAAGGGCACCAUCAAGAUGCUCGUGGGUGGAGCUGGUGACAUCAAGCUGACCAAGGAUGGGAACACCCUCCUGAAAGAAAUGCAAAUCCAGAACCCGACAGCAAUCAUGAUUGCAAGGACAGCCGUGGCGCAGGAUGACUCGAGCGGCGAUGGUACCACAUCCACCGUGCUUUUCAUCGGGGAGCUUAUGAAGCAGUCUGAGCGAUGCAUCGAAGAAGGUACCCACCCACGUUUUUUGGUUGAUGGCUUUGAGGUUGCCAAAAGAGCAACUCUUGAAUUUCUUGAGACAUUCAAGACACCAGUUGUUAUGGGUGAUCAACCUGACAGGGAGAUCUUGAAAAUGGUUGCAAGAACAACCCUUAGGACAAAGCUCUAUGAAGGAUUGGCUGAUCAGUUGACUGAUAUUGUUGUAAACGCGGUCCUAUGCAUCCGCCAAAGCGAUGAACCGAUUGAUCUUUUCAUGGUGGAAAUAAUGCAUAUGCGCCACAAAUUCGAUGUGGACACCCGUCUGAUUGAGGGUCUGGUCCUUGACCAUGGUUCUCGGCACCCUGACAUGAAGCGAAGGGCAGAGAAUUGUUACAUUCUGACCGCUAAUGUAUCACUGGAAUACGAGAAAAGUGAAAUAAAUGCAGGAUUCUUCUACUCAAAUGCGGAACAAAGAGAAAAGAUGGUUUCUGCAGAGAGACGUCAAGUUGAUGAACGUGUCAAGAAGAUCAUUGAAUUGAAAAAUAAGGUCUGCUCAGGAACUGACAAGAAUUUUGUGGUGAUCAACCAAAAGGGCAUUGAUCCUCCAUCCCUUGAUCUCCUAGCUAGAGCAGGGAUUAUUGCUCUCCGAAGAGCGAAGAGGAGGAACAUGGAGAGACUUGUGCUAGCAUGUGGAGGUGAAGCCAUCAAUUCAGUCGAUGACUUGACUGAAGACUGUCUUGGCUGGGCUGGGCUUGUCUAUGAGCAUGUUCUUGGAGAAGAGAAGUACACGUUUGUGGAGAAUGUAAAAAAUCCGCACUCUUGUACUAUAUUGAUUAAAGGACCUAAUGACCACACCAUUGCACAAAUUAAGGAUGCUGUUCGAGAUGGUCUUAGAUCUGUUAAGAACACAGUUGAGGAUGAAGCUGUUGUGCUGGGUGCUGGAGCGUUUGAGAUGGCUGCUAGGAAGCAUCUCAUGGACAAUGUGAAGAAAACCGUUAAAGGACGAGCCCAACUUGGGGUGAAGGCAUUUGCCGAUGCUCUCCUUGUUAUACCCAAGACGCUAGCAGAGAAUUCGGGUUUAGAUACCCAAGACGUCAUUGUCGCUCUUGAGAACGAGCAUGAUCGUGGAUUGGUUGUGGGACUGAACCAUAAUUCUGGAGAACCAGUCGACCCCGAGAUGGAAGGCAUCUACGACAACUACAUCGUGAAACGCCAGAUCAUCAAUUCCGGACCCAUCAUUGCCUCACAGCUAUUGCUUGUGGACGAAGUGAUCAGGGCAGGCCGCAACAUGAGGAAACCAACCUAACCUAAUGCUAGACUUUUUUGUUUGUUUGCUUAUUUCGGUCCCGUAUCACUAGUUUGUCCCAUGUACGAGUGACUCUGGGUGGAAUUCUUGGGUUGUGGUAGCUGAAAGAGACUGUACUUGUAUCGUUCGUUGUGACUGUGUACCCCCUUGGCGAUGUGUUUCUGUGCUCAUAUUUGUAUGCGGAGGAAUGUUGUCAUUGCGAUUUUUUCCUUUUUUUU